UGUCAGACGGGGCAUAAAGAGCCCCCCGCUCCCUCCCCCCUCCCCUGGCUUGAUGACGGGGAUCAGCCCUGAGACAGAACGUGCGCUGGAGGACGCGAAUAAAACCCGCACCGCUCUAUCGGAAUUCGUCAUUCGGUCUCCGUCAUCUGAACAGCAUCUUCGGAUAUCUGUGCUCAGACUAGUGCCUGCUAGGCUAGCGAUACCUUCUAUUUCUUGAUACCAUCUGUUGAUUUUCUCUUUGGAUAUGACUAUGGCAAACACGACUAUGUCGUCGCCUUCUAGAGCUGGAGUUUCGGCAAGAAAAACAAAUAAACCUUUAAUGGAAAAAAGAAGACGAGCUCGUAUCAACGACAGCCUCUCACAGCUCAAAUCUCUUGUCAUUCAAAGCAGCAAAAAAGAUAGCUCACAAUUCAACAAACUGGAAAAAGCUGACAUUUUGGAGCUGACGGUCAAAUACCUCCGCAACCUCCAAAGCCAGCAACAACAACAGCAGCAGAUGACCCCAGCUGGCAGCGACCCCUCCCUAGCCGGCAAAUACCAGGCAGGGUUCAUGGAGUGCGCCGCUGAGGUCAUGAGAUACAUCGGUCAGUCCCAAGGGUUCACUGAGGACAUCAAGACCAGGGUCAUAGGUCACUUGUCCAGCUGCGUCCAGCAGGCCACUAAGUCAUCUUUCACUAAGUCAAUGCCCAGUGCUCCUGUGCCCGGGCACCAAAGUGCCCAGCUGCCCAAUGGACAAAUUGUACAGAUUGUGAACGGCUCCUACCAUCAAAUCAAAGCCCACCAGUUGGCUGCUUCAUCACAAGUACAGAUCGUACCAUCACCAUCCAAUCUACCAUCCUCCACCUCAUCCCACGCCCCAGCCUCCAGCAACCAGCCCACAGACUCCUCCCCCUACAUCAGAUACACCCAGCCCCUCCACAUCCAAAUCCCACCAGUCCUCUCCCCUCCAGUCCAGCAACAGAAGCUCGCCCUACCCCUACAGGCGCCCAAAGACAUCACCCCCCAGCCCAUCAACCAUCGCCUCCCCACCCCCCAGCAGGAAAAGAUCGUAUCCUCCUCCUCCCCCUCCCCACUCCGAGACAGCUCCGUCUCCCCCCUCCCCCUCAGACUCCACAAGCAACACGUCUACUACCAGCACGAAGAAGACUUCCUCCCGAGGUCAAGGUCAUACUCCAUGACCUCCUCCUCAUCAGAGUCGGAAAUGACGUCACCACUCAACCUCUCCCAGUCCCCCCAGUACUACGACUCGCGUAAAGAAAACUGCUACUCCUCCAACUACUCCAGCUCCUCCCGUGAACACCGGGUCCCCUCCGGCUACGCCCACGACCAAAUCUCCCCCAGCCAGUACCUGAUGAAAGACAGCGUCUUCUCCUCCCACUUCCCAUCCAACUACACCUCCGUCAUCGUCGACGGCCGCAAGUCUCACGACAGCGCCUCUCUCAAGUACAUGGUCAUGGAGGACGACAGGCACUACAUCCGCCACGAGGGCUCUACUUCACCUGCCUCAUCCCUAGGGGAGGAGCGUCUCUGGCGCCCAUGGUAAAGGGGAAAAAAAAACUUGAAAUAAACAAUUUUAUCAACCUGUGAUCAGCUAUCAACCUUGUGUGACAGAAUAUCAACUUUACAACUUGACAAUUACAAACUAAAUCAAGAACUCAUUGGAUUUAUCUGCAACUUUUAUCAUCCAUUACAAAACGAUCAUGUGACUUCCUGUUGCUGACUUCCAUCUUUACAUUCUAGUUAUAUGUAAAUCAAAUACAUUCUGCUAAUUUUAGUUCAUUUUUUUUUUACAAAUUAGUAAUUCCAUGUCAAAGAUUAUUCCUAGUGAUGUUUUGAAUUAUUGAAAACACGAACACUUGUCACAUUCCAAAAUAACCCAUAAAAUGACCAUUCAAAUUUUUUUAAAUAGUGCCUUGUACGUUAUAAAUACUUUGACAACUUUGUUGCAAAUAUUUUUUGUUGACACUUUGAUAUUUUUAGAGUCGAUGUUGAGCUUUAAUGCUUUGUUGUAUUGACAUUGAGAUUUGUGAUAUCAUCUUCAUUAUCGUUUCAUCAUUUUUAUUACCUUUUUGCUACACGUGAUUUGAUUGGACCAAAUAAUGUACUACUCCCUACCAUUGGAGGGUUUUACAAUGCUUUAAUGAUAUGAGAACGUUUUUUAAUACAAUAUGAAUAUAAAC